GCCUAGGUAGGUAGGUAUCUACCCCAUACCUGCCUACCUGCCCUGCCUCCUAGGUACCUUACCUAACAUACCUCUACCUGAGGUAUCAUGAUCACCAGAGCUACCUCCGACUUCUCGUCUACACCUCUCUAAUCCAGUUUCAUCCGUUGUCUAACUAACAGCUAGCAAUAUCCUGUUUAGCACCCCCUACCCAAGCCUGAAUUAUCACGCCGCUACUAUCGCCGUUGCCGCUGCAGUUGCUCCAGGGUCUUGGGCCACAGUCGACUCCAGCGAAUCCGCGUAGUAUCUAGCAGGCCAGCCUCGGCCGAGAUGGACGCUCCUCAGCAUCCACAGCAGCCCCAGACGAGUGCCGGCGAGUUCCCCGUCCUCGAGACUUGGGACCCCGCCGUCCAGCAUGUCUUCAUCACACCCGUCAAACGGAUCAACGACGGGCCAGACGUCGCCAAGUUCCUAACCUCAAAAGCUUACCGCGACAUCGGCAGAUUCGUCUUGCAGUUGAAUCGCGCCAUGUGCCCCCGGAAGUCCGUGGGCGGCGACGGCAGGGACAAGAUCCAAACCUUCCAGAUCGGCUCCGAGUACGAAACCCAUCCGGUCGGAUCCGUCCAGAAGCUGCAGGAGAUGCUAGCCAGGAUCGACUCCUACAUCGACGAGGUCCCGCCUGAUCAAGGCCCGAGGCGCUUCGGAAAUAUCAGUUUCCGCAAGUGGCACCAACUCCUCGAGCAGAGGGUCGCGGACCUUCUCACCCAGUUCGUCCCGCCCUCUGUGCUGGAUUUUAGUUCUAGUAGCGAAGGGGAUACCGCAGCUGCGGACGAGCUCGUGGCUUAUCUGCUUGGCGGUUUCGGAAGUGCGCAAAGGCUCGACUACGGGACUGGCCACGAGCUGAGCUUCCUCGCUUUUGUCGGGUGUUUAUGGAAACUGGGCGCCUUCAAGGACGGAGGGCAAGGCGGCGAUAUAGAACGCAGUAUCGUCCUCGGUGUCUUCGAGCCCUAUCUCCGUGUAGUGAGACGUCUGAUCUUGACCUAUACGCUCGAGCCCGCCGGGUCUCACGGAGUCUGGGGUCUAGACGACCACUCCUUCCAGCCCUAUAUCUACGGGUCGGCACAACUUUGUCGCGCCAUCACGGAUUCCGAACCGAUGCCAGUAGAAGGAUCCCUCCCCCGGGCUCCGAAGCCCGCACAGAUUGUUAAGCCCGACUACGUGGAGCAAGAGAGGAAGAGGAACAUGUAUUUUUCCGCCGUCGGCUUCAUCAACGACGUAAAGAAAGGCCCUUUUUGGGAGCACAGUCCGAUUCUAUUCGAUAUCUCGGGCAUCAAAGACGGUUGGGGUAAAAUCAACAAGGGUAUGAUCAAGAUGUUCAACGCCGAGGUCCUCUCCAAGUUUCCAGUUGUACAACAUUUUCCCUUCGGGUCACUAUUCUCUUGGGACCAGGAUCCCGAUGCGGCGACGCCUCAGCAGUCAGUACACAUGGCAAACCAGCCUAGCGCCGCCACAUCGAUGCCGCCGCCACCAUCUAGGCCUUCCGGUCCUGGCACGGCUGCACCGUGGGCGCAAGCAACCAGUAUGGCCGCACCUCCAGGCCCCGGAAUCCCGUAUUCUAGAACGCCACGGGGUCCAGGACAACCUGCCCCUAGGCUGCCUCAGCCUCAGCCUCAGGCGGGCUUGCCAGUUGGCCAAUCAUCCGUCACCCAGGCCCCCUGGGCGAGACCUAGCGACAGGACGGGUGGGUGAAUGAAGAACAGAGAUACCGUAGGGAGACAGACGUCCACCCAGGAAAUGAUAGAAAUGCUCCCUCGCGAACAAAUUUGGAGAGGGGCGGAUUGAGUAGCAGAGGCGCAGGUCCUCAUUGUCGCAAACCUCGAAUAUCAGGUGUUGUGGCGCCGCUACUCUGGCGGUGGAGCGUGCAGAGGCUAUCACUCAAGGAA